GUUAAUACAUAAACAAGAAUUUCUUUUUAAAAAAGAUAUUCUUCACUUUACGGCCUUAUAUCAAUUUAUCUUGUUAUAAUUUUUAUUUUACUAUUGUGUGUUAAUGAACACAUUGAACGGCCUGGAAGCUUUAAAUUUAAUAUUACCAAUAGGUUUUGAUCAUCUCGCUCCUGGUUUUCACAAAAUAUCAAAUAAUCUGUUUUUAUCGACGAAUGAGGAUGUUGAAAAUCCCUGUAAAAAUUUGUCUCACGCAGACAAGUCGAUUCCUAUGAAUGCAUUUAAACCGACUGGAAAUGAUAUGAAAAAUGAUUUUCAUUCACCAUUAACGGACAAGUCGAAUAAUUUAAAAGGUUAUAAUAUAUUAUAUGAGUUACGACGCAAAACUGCGGAAUUUCGUGAAGGGUACAUUAACUGGCGUCAAUUUAAACCUAAAGGAGCGCGUGGAGAAGCUUCCGAUGUUUUUCAUGAUGUUGAAGAAAAACAAAUAGAACCUUCGUUUAUUCAACAUAUCGCAUCCACGUCUAAUGACGGUACCAAUGAUAUAAACGUAAACCACGUUGCUGUGAAAAAUACAUUGACAUCACAAGAGCCGCCUCUCACCUCACCUUAUGAACGAGAUUCGCCUUUCUUAUCACCAUCAGCAAGUUCACCCAUUUUCGGUGACGCCUUAAAAAAAGAAAUGAUUUCAAUGAAAACACCUAGGACCGAAAAGCAAACUUCUCUUAUUGAUCUAUCUGAAGAAAGAACUGAGGAUGAUAAAGAUAAGUGGCUUCGUUUUUAUUACAAUCCUUUCACUCCUGCUAAAGAACAAGGUCAACUUUCCGUGAAUUCUAGAAAUUUAAAAUACUUUAAAGAAAGACAAAACAAUUCUGUGCAAAUUCCUGAGUAUAAUCGAGAUGUUUCAAGUAUUAAUCGCUGGAUUUUACAUAUAGGAGUAGGACAAUUUCAUCGAGCACAUCAAUUAGUUUAUAUGGAUGAACUUUUAAUGCAACAUGACUUGAAAAAAGAAGAAUCUUCACAUUCACUACGCGAAAAAUGGGGCUACUGUGGAGUUGGAUUAACCUGUUAUGAUAAAAAAAUGAAGAUCUCCUUAGAAUCUCAAGAUUUUCUAUUCACUGUUUUGGAACGAAGUAAUAAAAAAAUUGCAGCUCGCAUUAUAGGUUCCAUGUUUGACUAUUUUCUUGGAUAUGAAGAUCCUUUUAAAGCUUUUAAAUAUUUAACAUCUGCUGAUUUACGAAUUGUUAGUUUAACGAUAACGGAAAAAGGGUACUGCCAAGACGUUAGUGGGAACCUGGCUAGUAAUAACCCUUUUAUUCAGCAUGAUCUUUUACUCUUAAAGUCGAAAAAUCUUACAAACUUUCAAUGCCCUAAAACGGCUAUUGGAUUUAUUGUAUGGGGAUUACGAGAACGGCGAUUACGUAACAUGGAGCCUUUCACAGUAUUAUCGUGUGACAAUCUUCCAGACAAUGGACAUGUAGCUAAAAAAAUGGUGUUAUCAUUUGCUACACUUUUGGAUAAAGACUUAGCCACAUGGAUUGACACUUGUGCAAGCUUUCCAGCCACAAUGGUGGAUCGUAUUACUCCUAUUGUAGCAGAUAAUCAUCGUGAAAUUUUAGAAAAGGAUUUUGGUAUUUUAGACGAAUGGCCCGUGGUAACGGAAGUUUUUCAUCAAUGGGUUAUUGAGAACACUUUCCCUCAAGGGCGUCCUCCAUGGGAAAACGUAGGUGUUGUUCUAGUCGAAGAUGUUCGUCCUUUUGAAUUAAUGAAGUUAAGAUUACUUAAUGGUGGUCAUUCUGUUUUAGCUUAUUUAUCGUAUUCGAUGGGUUACAGAUUUGUAGACGAUGCUAUAAGUGAUCUACAUAUUUGCAGCUUUCUACGAAUGUAUAUGGAUGAAGUGACCUCCACCAUUCCAAGUUUAGUUAUCGAUUUAGAUCAUUAUAAAGAGACCAUUAUUGAACGAUUUGGAAAUCGCCUUAUUAAGGACGCCAUUUCCCGUAUUUGCGAAGACGGUAGCUCAAAAUUUUUUAAUACACUAAGAGAUGCACUAAUGCAAUUAAUCCAGGAUCAACGGCACAUUUUAUGGAGUUGUCUCGGUGUGGCAUCCUUUGUAGUCUUUUUGGCCACCGCACCUUAUGAACAUAUUAAGGAUGCCAAUAAAACAACAUUAGUAACACUUUCCAGAAAAGCGUUGACUGAGCCACUUAAUUUCGAGCAUACCCGAGACGUCGUCAAAUGUAUUUUCGGUGAAGAAUUAGGCACCAAUGUAUCUUUUUUACAUCAAGUUGUUUUCUCAUUAAUUGCAUUAAAAUAUAAAUCUGCUCAAGACAUUCUGAAACAUGGUGGAGUGUUUCCAUCACUUUUCGCUAAUCAUUUAGCUUCUGAAACGAAAUUAACAAAUUUAGUGAAAUAUGCUUUAGAUGAUGGCACAUGACAAGAAU